GGUCCUGGCGGGCGGGGUUGGGCCCCAGCUGCGUUCUCACUGGAGAAGGCGCGGAGCCCUCGGCCACAGGUGUGGUGGGGGCAGCGGGGCGGCGCUCGGCCCGCGUGGAGGACACCCCCAAGGCAGGGAAGAACUUCCAGACCAGCCCCUCCAGGUCCCCUUGUCACACUGUCGGGGACACUGAGGCUCAGAGGAAGGAUGCCUACCUGCUGGAUAAUCGGGGCAGCUCAUUUCCCACCCAAACACUGCAUUUCUCCCACAACUUUAUGUUCGCAUGAAUCAUUAGCUGACGACAUCUUUUCAUAUCGUUCAAGUGUCAUGCUGUGACAGAAGAAUCUGAGACGUAAUCCUCGCUGAUAGCAGGGAAAGAAAAACUUGACGUGUGGAAUAUAGAGGGGAGGAAGUUAAGUUUUAAAAAACGAAAUAGGCCCUGGCAGCGGAUAAGGUGCCUUUGAUUGUGUCCCGGUGCAGCUCUAGUUUGUGCCCUGUGACCCUCUUAUUGCUCCCUGCUUAAAGAAGGUCAAGGCGAAAGUAGCCUUUCUACAGUACAAAGAUGUUUGGGAAACCAUUUUCAGUUACAGAGUGAGCUGAUGAAUGCUUUAACACUGUUUUGUGGCCUCUUGUAAUCUAGCAUGCAAGCUUGUUCCAGGUUUCUGAAGAGGGAGUUCUGCCUUUUUCCUGCACUAAGAGAAUUAAGACAAAUUUUAACAUUAUGGCAGGGAGGCAUCAGAAUCGUAGUUUUCCUCUUCCAGGAGUUCAGUCGAGUGGUCAAGUACAUGCAUUCGGAAAUUGUUCAGACAGUGAUAUGUUGGAGGAGGAUGCUGAAGUGUAUGAGCUUCGAUCCAGAGGAAAAGAGAAAGUCCGAAGAAGUACAUCAAGAGAUAGACUUGAUGACAUUAUCGUAUUAACAAAAGAUAUACAAGAAGGAGAUACAUUAAAUGCAAUAGCUCUUCAGUACUGUUGUACGGUAGCAGAUAUCAAGAGAGUUAACAAUCUCAUCAGUGAUCAAGACUUUUUUGCCCUUAGGUCUAUCAAAAUUCCAGUAAAAAAGUUCAGUUCCUUGACUGAAACACUUUGUCCUCCAAAAGGAAGACAGACUUCACGUCAUUCAUCUGUUCAAUACUCUUCUGAACAACAGGAACUUUUGCCAGCUAAUGAUUCUCUUUCUUACAGUGACUCAGCUGGUAGCUUUUUAAAAGAAGUAGACCGAGACAUAGAACAAAUAGUAAAGUGUACAGACAAUAAGAGAGAGAACCUCAAUGAGGUAGUAUCGGCCUUAACAGCACAACAGAUACGUUUUGAACCUGAUAACAAAAACACUCAACGUAAAGAUCCCUAUUAUGGAGCAGACUGGGGAAUAGGGUGGUGGACAGCUGUAGUGAUAAUGUUGAUAGUAGGUAUAAUAACACCAGUGUUUUAUUUAUUGUAUUAUGAAAUUUUAGCUAAAGUGGAUGUUAGUCAUCAUUCAACAGUGGAUUCUUCACAUUUACAUUCAAAAAUCACACCACCAUCACAGCAGAGAGAUAUGGAAAAUGGAAUUGCUCCAACUAAAGGAAUACACUUUGGCCAACAAGAUGAUCAUAAACUGUAUAGUCAAGAUUCUCAGUCACCUGCUGCUCAACGUGAAACAUAGCAAUUAGCUCAUAAUCAAAUGUUAGUGAUCACGUGCAUCUGGAAUGUGGUGAAUCAGUUAUAUCCAAUAAUCGCUUCAAAGGCAGAAUUUAGAGAGAUUGAGGAUGCUUUUGUUUUUAACAAAAG